AUGAUGGGCAGCCAAAUUGAAGACAUUGGCCGAGCGUGCUCUAGAUGCAUCAGUGCCUCCAAAUUACCGGUACGUGCGACAUUACAAUCUUGGAAAAACCCAGACUCGUCCUGGUCGCGCAUACACGUGGAUUUCGCGGGACUAGUAGAAGCAGUGCAUUUCCUCGUUAUUGUUGACGCCUACAGUAAGAGGCCGGAGGUAAUCACUAUGCAAAACACGUCGGCAAACAGCCCAAUUUUUGCGGUGAGACAUAUCUACGGUCAGCACCGAUUACCAGUAACAAUCGUGUCGGAUAACGGAUCACAGUUUACGUCCUGCCAAUUUGCUGCAUUUUGCGCACAUAAUAGGAUCGAGCAUGUGAGGACCGCCCCGUAUCAUCCGCAGUCAAAUGGCCAAGCGGAAAGAUUUGUUGAUACUCUGAAACGAGCAUUGUGGAAGUCAAAAGAGGAGGGAUCGUUGAACGAAAGAUUGGGACGUUUCCUGUUGAACUAUCGAGUUACUCCGAAUCCUAAUACACCAGAAGGGAAAUCACCAGCUGAAGCCCUUAUGUGUCGAAGAUUGAGAAUCACACUAGAUUUGCUGACUCCCAAGCGUCCGCUUCUACUACUAAGCAAUUCAGUGAUGGAGCGUCAAUACAACAGUCGGUAUGGGGCGCGAAAAAGGAUUUGCAAAGUACGCGACUUUGUGUUUGCGGCUGCUAACCAAGGACGGCGGAACGCUUGGAUACCAGGACGAGUU